GCAGCGGCCCCGAGGAACAGCACCGGGGCCGGGCCCUGACCGGGCGGCACCCCCGCCCACGGUCUCCGCAAUGUCUACGCUGUGACGAGCGCCACCGGCUCCAAGACCUGAGCGUGUUUCUCUCACUGGCCCGUCCUGCUCGCUCGACACGCGGCAGUUCUGGCCUCCUGAGCGCGUCCACCGUGCCACCUGCCCACACCCCGGGCUCGGCUGGCUCUGCCAGCCGUGCUCCCCGGGACCCACGUUCUGUCUGCACAGGGCGCGGGCGAGCCCAUCUCGAGGCAGGCGCUUGGCCGUCCGGGAGCCUCCGUGACGGUGGCACCCUCUGCCUCCCCCACUCCCCCUCCAAAGACAGGGACGAGCUUCGGCAAAUGCCAGACAGACGGCCCCGUUUGUGACACAAGGCGGCUCCUCACCGCUGGCCUCCCCGGAGGAUUGCCGGAACGAAAGGACGAGGCCUCUCGUCAGGCCUAGAGAAAGCGAACCGUCCGCAUCCGGAUCACGGCCGCCCGUGUACUUGACCCGCGUGGGAACCGUGCACGCGCAGCGCCCCCUCCGACAAGCGAGCUGGGGCCACACGAGCACGUGAACUAGGAAGGAGGCUCUCAACAGACCGCGUUCCGGCUGAGGCUUUCCCAAGAACGGAGCCGUCCUCAGCCCAGCGCGGCGGCCCGCCAGCGGCCCUUCCUGCGGCCCCACGGGGCAGCCGUGGGCAGUCAGGGCCGCGGCUCUGACCCCGCGGCCGGGAGGCUCCAGGCCGGCUGUGUUCCACAGCGACGUCGAGAAGACACCCACCCUUCUUCCUGCUGGUCCCGAGCCUGGCCCUCAGCCACCGGUGCCCGCUUUGGAGAGCUCUCGGGGCCACGCCCCAGGGCAGGCGGCCACGGCCCCUCUCCACGGUGACUGGGUAACUCUCAGGGAGGCCCGCGUUCCGCCCUUAGUGGCCACCCAGCUUCCUCGCGGAGGGAAAAAAGGAACUCGUCUGUGCACACGCCCAGCACCCCGAGUGUCCGGAGCGGCCACGUGGGCUCCAGACGAGCCUCAUCGCACCGGCCCCGCCACCCAGAGCGGGCCGGGGGCGCAGAGGGGGGAGGAAGCGGGUGCUCCCGAAACCGGAGCGGCAGGGCAGGAGCCUGAUCCGACGGUGCCGGCCGGCCCUUCCAGGCACAACCCUCAUUCCGUGAAACCGGCCGUAAACAGAGCUGGGGAGGGGCCGCCGUGCCUGCCAAGGGAGGCAGAGACCGAGUGAUUUACUGGAGGAAAACAAGUGUGCGUCCACACUGGGCACCGAGCGCGCACACGCGCCCGCGCAGGAAGCCAGCGCUGCACGGCUGCGGCUGAUAAGCUCCCGGGGGUGGGGUGGGGUGGGGGUGGGGGGCAGAGAAACAGGAUCCUCUCGGCGCCCUUGGCUGCUCACGGACGGGGUCUGCGGUCCAGGCGCACAGAAACGCGGGGCUCGGGAUAAAGCCCGCCAUCAUGUGGAGCUGCGGCCCGCUCAACGGCACGGGCGGCGCGGAGGACCAGCCGCUGUGCCAGCACCUGCAUCUGGUCCUGUCCGCCUUCUCCCUGCUCUACCUGGUGGCCGGCGUCCCCGUCGGCCUGGGCUACAACGCCCUGCUCGUCCUGGUCAACCUGCACGACCAGAGCAGCAUGACCAUGCCUGACGUCUACUUCGUCAACAUGGCCGUGGCGGGCCUGGUGCUCAGCGCCCUGGCGCCCGUGCACCUGCUGGGCCCCACCGCCUCCGGGUGGGCCCUGUGGGGCUUCGGCAGCGAGGCCCACGUCACGCUGCUGGUGCUGUUCAACGUCUCCUCCCUGGUGACCAUGUACUCCACGGCCCUGCUCAGCCUCGACUGCUACAUCGAGCGGGCGCUGCCGCGCACCUACAUGUCCAGCGUCUACAACACGCGACACGUGUGCGGCUUCGUCUGGGGCGGGGCCCUGCUCACCAGCUUCUCCUCCCUGCUCUUCUACGUCUGCAGCCACGUGGCCGCCAGGAUCGUCGAGUGUUCCAAGAUGCGGGACGCGCAGGCCGCGGACGCCAUCAUGGUGUUCAUCGGCUACGUGGUCCCCGCCCUGGCCGUGCUCUACGCGCUCGCGCUCAUCUCGAGGAUCCGGAAGGCGGACACGCCGCUCGACCAGGACGCGGGGAGGCCGGACCCCUCGGUGCACAGGCUCCUGGUGGCCACCGUGUGCACGCAGUUCGGGCUCUGGACGCCUCACUACCUGACCCUCCUGGGGCACACGCUGCUGGCCUUGCGGGGGAAGCCCGUCGACAGGCACCACCUGGGGAUCCUGCUCUUCGCUAAGGACGUGGCGAGAUUCCUGGCCUUCUCCAGCAGCUCCGUGGUGCCGCUCCUUUACCGCUACAUCAACAGAAACUUCCCCAGCAGACUCCGGCGGCUGAUAAAGAAAAUGCACUGCGGGCGCCAGAGCUGCUCCCAGGACCAAGCGGGGGUACAGCAGGUGAUGGCGUAGAGCCGGCGGCUGGGGUCGCAGCCGCUCGCUGAGCGCGGGUCCUGGGGCCUCCACCAGUGCCCCGGGUGGGGUCAUCGGACGGGCAGUCAACGGCGUACUUCCCGGAGGCACGGUCCGGGCCCCCUCCUGGGAGACAGGCGACCGACACUUGACCUGGAUGCACAGCACUUUGUCGCUGCCCGCUCUGUCACGCUCUUCCCCAGGACGUCGCUGAGGCCGGGACCCAGAACAGCACGAGGCGUGUUCUCUCCAAGUUUUCUGCUUCCAGACAGGCCGCUCUCAGGCCAAGGCUGCGCGGUCCAAGGCGGGAGGGGCCUGGCGUGAAAAACAGCUGCCUGCCCACCUGCUUCGGGCGGACGCACUGCUCGGUCGUGCGGGGCCACACCCGCAAUAGCGUCCUCAGCCUGGCCGCCUCCACCCUGGGUUUCUGAACGAAGUCAGGAGAAUCCAAAUCCAGUGUUUAUAUUCCGUGCUGGCAAAAUACCCGAUUCUGUCUCUUGCGCUUAUAAAAAGAUGCGAGAGAAGUCACCAAAGCCUGAAAGCGAAGGAAGCAACACGAAGGGCACUCCCGUUGGACGGACGGGCGGGCUCCUGCUACCGCAGGGUCGUGCUGGGUGCGGUGAGGCGGGGAGAGGCGCAUGCCGUGCCACGCACACAGGCAGCGUGCAAAUGCUUCAGAAGGACAGGGCCAGCAGUGUGGCUGGUCUUGGGCGGAGGGCCCUUAACUGGUACCCCUGCUGCCCUCCCCGGUGACCUCAGCUAACCGUCUUCAGUGGAAGCCACCUCCCCACAGUGUGCACAGAACCCCACGCUAAUAGUAAACCGAAGAGAAGAAAGCGUGGUGAGGAUUUCCAACCUAACACAGAAGCUGGGAGGGACCGCCUGGGGAGUCACAGGCCUGCAAGGCGGAGCCCGGUCUGGCACCGGGGCAGAGCGUGGGGCCACCACUGCCACCUCGCACCCGACAGCAGCCUGCCUCGCCAGACGCGGCGCGUGCCUGGAUCCUUCCACGCCGCGUCCCGUAAACACCUGCUCUAAAACCGUGGCAGUAGAAGCCCCCUGCUCUCCUCGACACCAUCCGCUCACCUGCACCCCGACGUCACGACGCACCACAGGCCUGCAGCCCCCUAACCGCACCUCUGAAACCCACAAAGCUCUAAAAACAGGAAGAUUUGUUUCUCAAGUUUGCGGCACAUUCCCUUGGUAGCAAACCUUGAGCUGAAGCGGUAGGAGAGCGCUUUUCUGAGGAAAGAGGAGUGUGAAUGUGAUUACGGGGCACUGGCCCGGCCCCACAGGGCCCCGUAACACGCAGCACACACAGCAUGUUAACUGUGUGCGCGCAAACGCAGAGAACAGGUGAACGUAGGUCGUUUGCCAAAAGCAGCCGGAAGUAUGCACACGCCUUAAGAUCUCAUUCAUAUGUCACCCUACGCUUUCCUGCGGGGUUACGGUGACAGGGAGCGGCUGGGGCUGGCAGCUUGGGAACUCCAACCCGCGUUUAGGUUUGUGCAUCCAAAAGUGUGUUGCUUUUUGUCGCUGCUCAGCAAUACACUGUAUUUAUUUAUUUAUUUGUUUAUUUUUACCUUCUGACUCCCUUCACCCGUUUCUCCUCCCUGCCCCGGCAACCACCAAUCCAUGCUGCUUCCGUGGCCUUGGUUGUUUUUCUUAAAGAUCCCCUGUACCACUGAGAUCAUGUUCUACUCCUCUUUGACUUAUCUCACUUAGCACAGUGCUCUCCAGGUCCGUCCGUGUUGUCGCAAGUGGCCAGAUUUCAUUUCUGUUUAUGGCUAAUAUUCCGCGGUGCGUGUACCCCCCCCCCUUCUUCUUCAUCCACUUGUCCGUCAAGGGACACUCAGCUGCUUCUGUGUCUGGUCUGUUGUGAAUAACGCGGCAGUGAACGCGGGGGUGCAGACACCAUUCUGACUGAGUGCUUUUGUUUCCUUUGGGUAGAUACCCAGAAGUGCGAUCACUGGAUAAGUAGACCUGCUUUUGACUUCUGAGGCACGUCCGUACUGUUUUCACAGUGGCUGCGGCAGUGCGCAUCCCCACCAGCGGUGCAUGAGGACCCCUUUCCCGUACUCCCUCGCCAGCGCUCGGUGUCCUCUUGGUGGCGGCACCCUAGCAGGCGUGAGGAGCACCCGCUGGGGUUCUGACACGCUCCUCUGACGAGUGCCGCUGAGCACCUUCUCACGUACACGUUGGCCGUCUGCGUUCUUUGCAGAAAUGUCUGUUCUCAUCCUGUGUAAUCACAUUUUAUCUUGCUACUGGGUUGUGGGAGUGCUUUAUGUAUUUUGGAGAUUGGUCCCUUACCAGAGAUAUUAACAUACUAACUUUUGACAACCUGAAAACUUAAUUCUGACACAUCUGAUCCGAGGAUGGCAAAGUGUGGCUCUGUGUUUUGCCACAUUCCAUUCAGGGAAAUCGCUCCAUUUGGCCCUGGUCUCUCGGGAGAUUUAGCCCAUGACUUGGUUGCCAUUGUGUUUCUGUCUGCAGAAUAUAUCCCCUCCGGGGUGAUGCGAUGACUGAGUUCAGAGUCUGCCUGUGCAGAAGCAUGAAAAUACACUGGACACCAGGGUCCUGGUCUUACUCGCCCCUGGUAGCUGUGAAAUUCUGGACAGGUGGGGCCUAAUCUACUUCCUGGCCAGUAAAUCAGGGGCAGAAUUAGAGAAGGUUCUGGGUUGCCUCUGUCCGUGAACGUGCUAUUUCUACUGAAGGGCGCAUCGCCCCUCUGCUGCAGGGUUUCCCCCGGUCCUGAAAGUCUCAGACCCGACCCCCUCCACUCCUCAAGCUAUGGGCUGCACGGCGGGGGGUCCUGUGGCCCCGGCUCCGCUGGGGAACUCUCGUGUUGGCCGAGCGAAUGGCAGGUUGCAGGGUGCCCGGCAUUGCAGCCGUGGGGCCUCUGACCUCACACACACCUGCCGUCACGGAGUCUCAGUCCUCGUCCUCUCACAGCGGGUGGGUGGGGCUGGGGCCAGGGUCAGUCCCAGGUCCACCACACACGGCCAGGCUCUUGGGUCAGGAAGCCAACACUGUUCUUAGGGGACAUGGGACCCAGCGGGUGGGCUGGUUUGGGGUGGCAGUGCUAUUUCAAAUAAAAAGACCCUUUUCCUCGCUCAUCUGUUCUGCUCUUUGCUCUAGAAAGAGCUCCUAGGAGAAGAGGGAGAUCCCAAGGGCACAGAGCCGAGAGCCACGUGGGUCUCCGCCCACAGCCCCGGAGUCCCUCACCCCAGCUGGGCUCCCCCAAACAGAAGAGGGGCCGAAAAUCAUGGUCUUGUUUUCACUUUCUCAGUGGCUUUGGUUGCAACCUGGCUUGUUUCUGGUGACCUCCGGGGGGCCUGAGCGGGUCCCACCCGUGCCGGUGACAGAGGGCCCCCGGGGAUGGGUGGCAGGCUGGGUGUCUCACGGAGACCCCUCCGCUGCUUUCGCGGCAUCCCCGGGUCUCACGGCUUGAUUGGCCUCUGUACUCUUCUCCCCACUGGGGACACCUCCGCCACCAGCCCCGUGUGCUUCCCACAUGGCUUUUGUCCAUCCACAGUCACCUGGACUGGAUCCGGGGCGACUGGACGCUGCCUCCAGUGCUCCUGCCACGUGGCCCAAGACAUGGAAAGAAUUCUGAGCUGAGAGAAGAAUGAGGAGUCGGUCGGGAAAGGCUCCAGCAGACUGUGAACGUGAUCGUACAUAUUACACGUGUGUUUUUUUAACUCACCAAUCUCGAUGUCUCCCAGUGGAAGUCUAUGUUCCAAGGCCAUUAAUUUUGUUAUCAGUCCCUCCUAUUAUACUUUUUAAGUUAAUCUUAAUUUUGCUAAUCACAACAACUCAUCUACCUUGUCGUGCUUAUUUAAGAUUCUAGAAGGUGAAUUUAAUUUUAGGUUGCUUCACGAAGGUUAUAAAAUUUAUCACGGGAAACCAGAUCUCCUGCUAAUGCAUCUCCUGCAGAUGCAUCGGGAAGGCAGACCCCCGGUCCUUCAUAGAACGCACGUGGUGAAGGAUAAACCUGGAGAAAAUGAUUAAGAAGCUAAAUUACAAGUGAAGUUCUUGGAUUUAAAAUCAGCUGGAAAACGGGGGGGAUUUUUCAUUUCUCAUCCGUUGCGUCUCUUCCAGAGGUUGUACCGUUUGCCUCGAGUUCUACGUAAAUCACGAAGAAGAUCCUGCUGAAGAAAAACCCACGCGUUUGAAGACUUAAGUCACUCGACACAAAUCACCCACCUUCGGAAUUCUCAAAAUGUCUAUUUCCAGGGGUGUGUGACGUGUAGCAGAAACCGGCACGGGACUUAGCCUAUUUCCCCUGGUGACACGGGCCCGCCACUUGUUCGUUACUCCUCUGUUGCAGUGGCACAGCAGCAGCGUGUGCCCGCACGCUCCCUCAGGCAGGGCGGGGCGCACCCCGAGCCCCGUGAAGACAGCCCCCCAAGUCUGGCAAACGUUCUUUCCCGAGAACGGACGUUUGACAACUGCUGACGCGUCCCGAGGGCCGAGGACAGAACUGAGUGGCCCCGGCGGCUCCGUGUGGGAGGGCCUGUCCCCCGGCGGGAGGGCCUCGUCCCCCCGGGCAAGAGGGGAGCGUGCCGUGCACACGGCGAGUAAAUCUGAGUAACGAACAGGGAGUCUCUGGGAAUGAAAGAAUCCCAAUUUACCCAUCUUACGUUAAUAAAGAACGCGAGGCGCAAAGAA